CACGCAUCGUGCCUCUCUCGCCACGGAUCUUUUAGGCGCAGGACCAACGGACAACAACGAUGGCUCGUGGCCUCGCCGUUGCGUCGCUGCUGCUGGUCGCCCUCGCCGUGGUAGCACGGCCGCCGCUCGCCCUGGCAGUGAAGGAUUACCCGGCCGACGCGUCGGCGGUGGCUAAGAAAUCUCCAGCCAGUAAGGCUGACACGCCUACCACGGGUAAAGAAUCCGUCGCUGGCAAGACCGACGUGGUCACGGUGGCUAAGAAAUCUCCAGCUGGUAAGGCAGACACGUCUGCCACAUAUAAGGAAUACGCCGCUGCAAAGGCCGACGCGGUCACGGUGACUAAGAAAUCCCCAGCCGCCAAGGCUGACACGCCUACCACGAGUAAGGAAUCUGCCGCUGGCAAGGCCAACGCGGCCACGGUGGCUAAGAAAUCUCCAGCUGGUAAGGCAGACACGUCUGCCACUGCCACAGGUAAGGAAUACGCCGCUGCCAAGGCCGACGCGAUCACGGUGACUAAGAAAUCACCAGCUGCCAAGGCUGACAUGCCUGCCACGGGUAAGGAAUCCAUUGCCAAGGUCGACGCGGCCACGGUGGCUAAGGAAUCCACCGCCGGCAAGACCGGCAAGAAGGCUGCGGCAAAGGAAUUCACGAUGUCCGGCAAGACCAACACUGAGGCCGACGCGGCCACGGUGGCUAAGAAAUCCCUAGCCGGUAAGGCUGGCACACCUGCCACGGGUAAGGAAUACGCCGUUACCAAGGCUGACGCAGCCACGGUGGCUAAGAAAUCUCCAGCCGAUAAGACGGGUAAGGAAUCUGUCGUUGCCAAGGCCGACACGGCUACGGUGACAAAGAAAUCCACAGCUGGCAAGACCGGCAAGAAGGUUGCGGCAAAGGAAUCCCCCGCAUCCCACAAGACCAGCAUGGAGGCCGCAACAAAGAAAUCCACUGCUAACAAGACCGGCACGGAGACCGCAGCAAAGGAAUCCACGGUAUCCGGCAAGACCGACACAGAAACCGCGGCAAAAGAAUCUACAGCGCCCGGCAAGACCGACACGACGGCCGCGGUCAAGGAAUCUACAGCCGGCAAAGGCGAUGCACCCGCCAUGGCUGAGAAAUCCGCGGCAGGUAAGGCCGAGGCAUCCGCCGCGGCAAAGGAAUCCCCAACAAACAAGGCCGACGCAGCGGCGGCCGGCCCUACCAGUGGAGGCUACCAAUACGUCAAUUUCGUCAUAAAGAAUCCAGUCAAAGCCAAGGAAAAAUCGAGUGACCGUGCCGAUGGCCUUCCUAUCGAUCCGACGCCCGACGGCCAGAUGAUGCACUAACAACCCUAAAUCCCCAAUGUACGAUUGAUUUGAUGUGUACUGCGUUUGUAUUUGAUUUUGUACAUUUGCCAUAUUUGAGUUUUGUGGCGCCCAACUUGGGGCAAAUCAAGUGCUCGUUUCAUACAGUUUUCGAAGCAAACCAACAGAAGGGGUUGUAAAGGAAUAUAAAGAGGGUUGUGCUUGGAGAAAGUAUUCUUUAA